UGUCAGCGGUCACGAGUUGAUGCUGUAGUGUAGUGUAGUGUUUCGGUAGUCGCGGCUGUGAACGGCGAGCCUUGUUGUUGUUGGUGAACGCUAUUGGAUUAUUAUUAUUUUUUAUUGGUUUUGAAUAAAAAUGUCGGAGCAAGGAGGAACGAUCCUGGAACCAGGGAAGGUGAUACGUCCAAUCAUUGACCACGAAGGAGUAAGGCUGCUGGCUGAAAGACUAUACGGCAUAUCAGUUCUAGAUCUGGUCGAACUAAACGGAUAUGAUGAUAAAAACUACAAAAUUACGGAAGAUCCCAACAUGAAGAACCCGCUGAUACCGAACCACAAUCCACAUGGCUACGUCUUGAAGAUCAUGAACUCGAUAGACUCCCAGAACUUGAGUGUCGUGGAGGCGCAGAACGAAAUUAUGAACUUUUUGCUCGAGCGUUCCGUGUCUUGCCCGAAACCGAUCCGCAACAUUUUCGGUCACCUAUUCUCCGUGGAGAACAUCAGCGGGAAGAAUCACGUGGUGCGUCUGCUGGAGUACAUUCCAGGAUCACUGCUGAAAGAGGUCCCGAUAACCGAGUCGCUGCUGUACCAGCUCGGCGAGUUUGUAGCCAACUUGGAUAAUAAGCUGCAGAACUUCAACCACUCGGGCCUGGUCUCCCGCGAGCACAUUUGGAUGCUGAGCAAGGUGCCUGAGCUGGAGAAAUUCAAGUACGUUAUCAAGGACUCUGAAAAAUUGGACUUAGUUGAGGAGGUUAUCGAAGAAUUCAAGUACGCGAUUCUUCCUCGCCUGGAUGAACUGGAGAAGGGCGUCAUUCACGGAGACGUCAACGAGAUGAACGUCAUCGUCAACGUAAAGCCGGGGGAGGGUAAGACCGACUAUCGCGUGAGUGGGAUACUAGACUUCGGAGACAUUCAGUACUCGUACUACGCGUUCGAGCUGGCCAUCGCGAUGACGUAUAUGAUGCUGAUGACGGGAGACCCUCACGCGGGUGGUAUCGUGCUGGCCGGGUACAGCGUCAACAGACGAGUACCGGAUGAGGAGUAUCGGCUUCUGAAGACGCUGAUAUCAGCUCGCCUAGUCCAAAGUUUGAUUCUCGGCGCGUACACAAUCGAGCAAGACCCUAAGAACACCUACGUCACGUCAACCGAAAAGGCCAACGGCUGGGAACUGCUCAAGAAGAUCAGGAAAACCAAACCAGAUCCCGACGAUGAUCCUACCAAUUGGAAGGCGAUCGCAAAUGAAUUCUUAACGAGAAGCUAAACCAUUUGAUUGUUAUCCGUUUAUAUUAACCAAUGUUAUAUGAAUUCUGUUGACUCAUCUGUCAUAGUUCCGCGUAAUGAUCAUAGAUGGCGCUGUGCUGUAAAUAUUUUUUGAUCGUUCGUUUUUCGAUGUUUUUUUUAGAAAUAUUUAUUCGUUUAGGCAAAUACGUAAUUCUUAUAUUAAUUAUUAUUUAAACGUUAGAUUCAUUCACAGCGGUAAUGAAUUAUUGUCAAUAUUUAUUAUUUUUUCAUUCAAAACCUCAACAAUGUUAUAAAAAGUAUUAAAUAAAGACUGUGAAACAUU